GCAGAGCAGACGGAGGAUUAUUUCAACAGAGGAAGAUUGUUUCGGAACCUUCUGAUUAGUAACCGAUCAGCCGGAGCUGCAGGUCCCACAGGUCAGGACUGAUUUAUUCUCCCUCUGCAGCCCAGAGGCAUGACCCGGUCCGGAUCCUUACCAGCUGCAGCGUGCAGAACCGGAUCAUUCUCGUGAUGAUGAUGAUGAUGAUGAUGAUGAAGCUGUCUGAUUCCGCCACGCGCGCAACUCUAAGAUGACACCGGGACUCGGUGCACGGCACGCGGCUUGGAUCCAGACUAACCCGGGAUAACAAGUCAAAGAGACACGAGAGAAAGUGGUAAGUUCGGGUCCUGAGGGACGGGAAGGAGAAUCUGGGAUCAGACAGCAGAGCUCCGUGGUGCAGGAGAGGAGGCGCACUGAGCCGCGCCAAGAGCCCAGGAGGAGAGGUAACUGUGCCAGCUUGACCGCUACUGGAGAGCCCUCAUCAGGAGUCAGAGAAUCACGUUUCAUCUCUGAAAUACGACCAGAAUUUAGGAUCGGGACCCGAAACAUGAAUCCAUGUCCGCAGUGAUGCUACUGCCGCGGCACUCGGUUCUGUCCGCGCUCCUCUUCCUCCUCUUCAUCCUGCUGAGGACCCCCGAAAGCUGCCACGCUGCAUCCCAGCACAGAGGCCCCCGUCCACGGGCGGAGGGGCGCAGGGACCGCCACAGCCUGGUGCAGCUGAUCGGUCGGUCCAAGAGGGGCCCGGCGGGGUUCAGCGGGCACGAAGUGGCGGGUCCAAAAAGGCCGAGCAGGUCCAACCACGAGCGUCACCUCAGCGAUCCAAAGCACAAGGAAAAGUUCAUCAUACACCUAACAGGUCCUCUUUACUUCAAACCACAGUGCCAAAAACAGUUCCACAGACUGUACAACAAUACCAGGGACUGCACUGUCCCCGCCUUUUAUAAAAGAUGUGCUCGUCUGCUGACUCAACUGGCCAAAAGCCCUCGCUGUGCAGAGAGAUAAACAGACCCCGAGAUGCAUUUUCACAGGAAGUGGGCAUCAUAAUCCAGGUCCAUCCCCUCUGAUGAUCAGCAGUAGAAGUUAUGAACCCAACAGAAACUCAAUGUCAACCUGCAACCAAAGACCAAGCUGUUCAUUUCCAGCAACUAAGAAUUCUCUGGAAUUUUACGGCACCUUUUAGCCACCUUUAGAUGAACUCUGACUGAUCUGAGAACCUCCUUCAAAGACUCCUGCAGCCCAGUAGACGUAGUUUGCCUGAUUUCAUCACUCGCUUGGACUAGCGGCUUAGAUUAACUGAAUCUUCCACCAUUGUACUCACAUAAAGAACUCCGCUGAAUUCUUGACACCAAGGCUUUUUGUCUCUUUAGUUGACCAAGGUUUACUUCUUACUACCGCUGUGCUUUCCGCUACAGCAACAAGAAACCUGUGGUUUUGCCAGUUUCUGAUGGAGCUGCCUAUUCUGGAAACAAACCUGGGACAUUUCUAUCAGUGUUUGAUUUAUUUUGGACGAUGGACCAUGAGCAAUUUUUCACAUACUGUUCAGAGCUGUAGGACAGAUGGAUCCAUAAUGUGUUCAUUGGUUCUUAAUGCAUUAAAGUAGCUGAUAAUUAUAGAGCUAUUCCAGUAUAUAUUUAUAUUAUUCAAGCUGCCUCCCUCUGUGCAAUAUGUACAUACUGAAAUAAAGACACACAUUUGAUACCAAA